GGUGACCCGCUUAGUGAAGGCAUUUUUAGUUGACACUAUCACCACUUGGAGCGCUGUAAGUUAAGAGUGCUAUCUCGCUGCGCUAACUUCGUGAGCGGCUGUCAUUGCGGAGUUAAUGAUAAUUUAUAUAGAAGGUUAUCGCAAUUUGGUCAUUGCAAACUUGGGUUUACCCAGCGAAAUACAGUGUAACAAGCGCACAAAGUCGUAGUGAAUUAACAAUGACAAAGUAUUGUGUCGUGCCGAAAUGCAAGACUGGAUGCAAAAGUGUCGCAGUGAAGUGUUCAGUUUUUAAAGUGCCAAAAUGCGACGAAUUGCGUAAAAAAUGGAUAUCUGCAAUCCCUGGCAUAAAGGACCUGAAACCCAACCAAUGCGUAUGUGAAAAACAUUUUGAUAAAGCAAGUAUAAUAAGGGAGCUCGUAAUGCGCGAUGCACAAGGAAACGUGGUAACCGAGGCUAAGUACCUGCGAACUCGUUUAUUUAAAUCUGCUGUGCCCACGAUUUUCUAUGAGUUUUCCUCGACUACGUUAGUUUCCAAGGACGAGGAUUUGCAGGAAGAAAAGUUGGGUGUAGAUGCUGCGAGUAAUGGAUCGCUUAACUCAGACGUGCAUUGUACACUAUCAAAAUCCAUCGAAAUCACAUUGCCUAUUCCACAGUCUGUUGAUGUGACAAGUAAAUAUUAUCAUGCUUUAUUGUAUUCCACGAAUUCAAAUAGCAAUCCAGCAAUUGAUUCCUACUCCGAUGAUAUUGACGAGUUUUUGCUCUCUGAAAGCACGAAUGUCAAUACAGAGAAUUUGAGUGCAAUUGAUUGCCAGCAAAGCAAAAAAGAAACAAAUGAUUUCACUGAUUGUGAGAGAAUAUCGGACUCGGUUGACCUAAAGCUCAUGAAAAGUAUCAGCAUGGCGUCGUACAAAGAUUCGUUAAUCACAAUACCAAAGUCGUGGAGUUUCACCGAGUCGUACAGAGGAACAAAACGGUAUUUGAUAUUCUCACACGUAUGGUUGAUGACCAAUAAUGACACAGAUGGUCCUAUUAUAGACAAAAGUGUCAUAAUCGACGACGUAGACGGCACAAUUGAUUACAAGAUUUUUGGAAAAUCGGUCGACAUUCAAGAAAUUAAGAUCUUGCAAAAUAUGAACGAUGUAACGUCGCUACAUGCCGUUUUGUCGAAAUUCGAAAGCAUGCCAGUUUGUCAAGGAGUUGGUCCAGUUGAAGAAUGUCUUAUUCAACGAGACAUCGCGUAUCGAACUUCUUGCAAUGUUUGGCAUCAUACCGAUUGUGAAUUAACCACCAAAACGAAAAGGUGCAAACGUUGCACAAUAUUGAAAAACACGUUGCUGCAAAAAAAGGCACGUUUUAAAAAGCGUGAUCAAGUAAAAAGAGUCGUGGGAACCACAAAUCCAAUUGAUCUUAAGAAAAUAAAUGCCUUGAGAAAAAAAUUGAGCGUAACGCGUCGAAUGAAAAAUCGAUCAAAAAUUCGAAUCGCCUUGUUGCAAGAUCAGUUUAUCUCUAAGCAAAACGAGCUGGCAAAUAUUCAGGACGAAACAUUGGAGAAAAAAUAUGUUUCCUUGAAUAUACCAAAAACAAUGCAAAAUACGUUGAUGGAAAUAAUAACUUCAGCAAAACACAUGCCUCACAUCUCCUGUCAUAUACACUCCAAUAUUACAUUCGAAUGAGAAUGAGACAGUUUACAUUUCA